GACGCACAUCGAGCACGUUCGUUCGAGAGUGAGGAACAUUAUUGAGCAGAUCUGUCACACUGUAGACCAGUUCUGUAUCACGAUCGUGAGUGUCAGGAAGUGUGUUCCCGUCUUCGAGCAUCUUGCACUUGUUCCUGAAUAAGAAAAAUAUCCAAGCGCUGAAAUAGCAAAAUGGUGGUUAAGUCCAACUCAGCCCCUUCGUCGCCGUCGACUCCGGAAUCAGCAGAUCCACUCCGAGGGAUUCCUCGUGAUGGAAAGGUCCACAAGAAUAAAGAGACCAACGUGGAGUUCGGCCGACUGAAGGAUCUCGUUCCCGCCAUCUCGCGGAAGCAGCAUGUGUCAAAGCUGGAUGUGAUCCUCGAGGCCAUUCGGUACAUCGACCAGCUCCAAGACCAACUCCUGGACCAGAUCCAGGACAACAAGAUCAGCAUAUCCGCAGCCGCUUUUCUCACUGACAAGGAGAACAAGAACGCUCCUUUGCUCCAAAGCUUGAAACGGGAUUGUCAGCCGCGAAAGCGGAACAAGAGCGGGUAGAAGGCGUGGCUUGCCUGAGCUAUCUCUCCCUCUCUGCCCGUCUCUGUGUGAGCCGAGAGUUAACAUGUUAUGGAUCUCUCUGUGAUAGUCAAUCUUUGUGACCUGUUUGCUCGAGCAAAGAUUGCAUUGGGUCCCAUCCGAGGCGCCCGCCAAGACUGUGAUAUCUCUCAUGAACAGCAUCAAUGUUCAAAAUGUUCAAAGCCUGCUGGACCGUGAGCCCAAGGACCAUGGGAAUAGGCCCGCCAUUGAGCUGCCAUUCCUGGGUCUUCCAAACGCCUAUUCCAAUACUCGACCAAGUCCCUCUUUCCAAAGCACAACUCACUCUCACGAACCAUCCGGAAAGGAACAGGAUGCCACAAAAUAUGACGAUGACAUCUAACCUCUUCUGAGCAAAAGUUCAACUCCAAAUUGGUUCUGAUCUCCCAAGUUCAUUGUGUUGGUGGUUUGUCAGGCCCGUUCCAUCACUCAUCGCCAGCAUUGAUUACCUUGUUCCUCUCUUCACCAAUUUGGAGCUUGCCAAGGCUCGGAUCAUCGUGGUGGUGUUCAGGCCCUGAUGAGGACUACAAUAACAGCAACAACAACAUCAACCACGACGACGACUACUAAGACGACUUCCUCCGAAAGAAAGAGUGCUCCCUGGAUCCCUUCCCCCCUUAACAAAUCACAGCGUUUUCACGACUUCCUUUCCGCGCUUAGUUUGAUUCUUCUUGAUGUAUCUUGAGGCUUGCUCAAUGGUCUUGCAGCCUUCUUAUGUUUUGAAAUUAGAAGUUUGAAGAGAGCCCGUGUGUUCAUACGAACCUACCUUAUGAGAACCCACUCGCCAAUCCAAUCAACAACGCUCCCAAACGUUUGUUUUUUUUUAAUGGCACCACUCGUGAAUUGUCGUAAUAAAAUUAUUUGAAUCAAA